AUGACGCCGCCCCACAAGGAAGUAGUCGAGAAUGGUGAGCCACUCACUGCGUGGCUAGACACCGCCACUUUGUCUUUUGCUUCAUUUCUUCUACAGAAAACUCCUACUUACCCAGUAACACUAUAUUUCGCUGCGGGCACCUACCACAGCAUCACUUCGGACAGCCUCGGAUCUACUAGAGAGUUUGUGCAUCUCGUCCAAAAUUUCAGGUGGAGAAAGAAAAGCCCCCACUUCCUAGUUAGUAUUAGCUCGUCGUUAUCUCGCGGGGUACCCACGGCUGGCCUAAUCACAUUCGAGCAUAUGCUUGUGAGAGGUUCUAACGGCCACGGGAAUGCUCCUUCCAACUCGGCAACCCAUCGUGAAAUAAACAACACCAAAAUAUUGUCUCGAUCCCCUACCGCUCCUAUUGCUCCACACAUUAUUAUGGCCACAUCCCCGCCCGUAUCACCCUCUAUCCUCACUGAAAAGACCACACGAAUCUCCUCCUGGCUCGAACAGCUCCCCCCGACGCCACCCGCCGACGAAGAGCUGAAGCGCAAGCGCGCGAACUCAGAGCCCACAGCCGUAUACCAGCCCACCGCCAUAUCCGCGCAUCGCGAUGUCAGCCCUAGCAAGCGUCAGCGGCGGAAUACAGAUGACUUGCUUCCAGGGCAGAGCGCAUCGGCCGUCGGAUCGAAUGCCCGCCCGCUCACCUUGGGAAAUUUCAACACCUUCAGCCCACCCAGCAGCCGCGUAGGCGCUUCAACGCCUCGACGCGGAAAUAGCCCAUCGCGUGAGACAAUUGCUGCGCUUAGAGUUGCAUCGCCUCCAAUCACGACGGAACCACUAGACGGGGUGGAGCCGGAACCUCCUGCGCGGGUGAUGGCCGUGGUAGCGCGACUUGAGGACGGGCUGGAUGAGGGCUGGAUACCCGGGUGGCUCGAGAAGGCAAUCAAGGCUGAUACAGACAUCGGCUUCCAAACGUUUAAGCCUGCCGCCUUUAGUAAGACUGCUACACGCGAUCUCUCUGACCCUGACCUAGACCCUGUCGUCCGUGCCGACUUAGAAUACACACUGAAGAAGGUGAAGAUGAUAUUCAAGAAGGCGCUUCAUUGCCAGACAAGGGGCCGCGACGAGAAUGCAUGGUGCGACGAUGUGGUCAGGCCGAUGGUGAGGCUGGCGCUCCGGUUGUACGCCAAGGGCAAACUCUGUGUUCAGAGCAAUAUCGACCUCGAGUUCCUCUCGCGCACCGCUGAUGCAUCUGGCAAGCAGCGCGCCCUUGACCGAAAAGCCGGUUACACCCUCUCCUACUCGCACGACGCAUCGCCUUUCGAAUCUCUCUACGCCCGCCUUCUUCAGCAUGGAAAUAAGUGCGUCAGCCAUACGACCGACGCCUUCACCAAGACCACGGCCGUCUUCUCCGGCAUUGAGGUUAAGCCCUCUGACGGCGACAAGCUUGAGGCCGAAUAUCAGCUUAGCAUAUGGAUGGCGGCGAGUCUGCGCAAGAAGGCGAAGCUGGGACGACGCGCGGGCCUGCCUGACACUACCUGCCUCGUGGAGCCCGGCUUCACCGUUGUGGGACACAAGCUGUAUUUUUAUAUCGCAUAUCUGGAAUCUAAGGAAGGCGAAGCGGUACGCAUCCUGGAAUUUGGCAAUGCUGCAACGAGUAGUGUGUCAGGCGUCUUCAAACAGCUGAGGAUGUGGCGGAACGUCGUAGAAUAUGGCCUUGACGAGGGGCCGGACGGUUUCUGGGGUGGGUUCCUAAAGUCGGUGUUAGAGAAAUUGGCGGUUAGUGAUGACUGGAAUACGGCGAAGAGAGGGAGUGCGAAUAGCCAGGGGAUCGAUGAGGGGUCUGCAAAUCCAAAUCGCCCGGAUCGGUGGUUCGCUUCCGCUGGAAGUUGUGCGGCUAGGAUAAGGCUAUCCCACAAAAAAUCGGAGCGAAAAACGCUUGAGGUUAGCGCUUCGCUCACUUUUGCCAAGACCCCACCAAACCACCCUUCCUACACCAAUGCAUUCCCCACAACACCACUUAGACGCGCUAAAAGAACCAACUCGCCCAUGAAGUACGUUAUACAAAUCAAGCGCGGAGGCGAUGAUGCGAACGUAAUUUUUGGGCAAACUUUCCGGUUGCUGGAAGUUAAAGUACCCCUCAUUUGUCUCGCCACACACAAAACUCAAUUUAAUGUAAUGCCCUUAGUGGCCUACUUUCAGACUUUCUUUUCCCUCUUUGUCAUCGCCGGUAUUGUUUCCGUUAUGUUUGAUUAG